CUGAACUUUGGACUUGAUAGUGUUAAUUGUAAUCGCGAUUAUAUUUUAAAGUCUAUUUUUAUUUAUUUUUUAAUGUGUUAUGUUCUUUAUGUGCACAGGUACAAGAAUAUUUUACUCUACGUUAUGGUGGUAAGUGACUAAUGGAAACUAUUAUAUCAUUGUAUGAGGAAUUAAAGAAAAUUAGAGUAUAUUUAAUUAAAUUAGGAGCCAGUCGAAGAACGGAAAAAGUGUUAGUAAACAAAUUAAAUGAGAUUAAUGCAAUCUAUGAGAAAUAUGAGACGUGGCUGAUAGGUUUUGAAGAAAAACUUAAGAGAAAAUAUUAUAGUUCGGAUGAUAUUAUAUUAAUCAAAAAUUAUUGUAGUCGAUUUUUAGAGUUACAUGAAAAUAUUUUAGUGUUGUGUAAUAGUGAUAAGCCGAAGUCAUCGUUCAACAUGAAUUCUUUUGAUUUAAAAACGGCGUUAAAUCUUUUACCUAUUAUGACAAAUGAGGAGUCGAAUACAAAACAGUUGAUUGAUAACAUUGAAUAUUAUAAUACUUUAUUGAAAGAAGAUACAUGUAAACAAAAUUUAAUUAAUUUCGUAUUAAAAAGUAGGCUUUCUCCUGAAGCUAAGUUAAAAUUAAAAUCAAAAUAUGAAUCAGUUAAUGAGUUAAUUAUUGAUAUGAGAAAUGUAUUAUUGUGUAAGAAAGCUGCAAUGGCAAUACAAAAUAAAUUACAAAAAAUUAGACAAAAUGACUUGUCAAUUGCUGACUAUGGUAAAGAAAUAACGGAACUAUUUGUUGAUUUAACGAUAACGCAAGCUGACGGGAAUGAUCAAUGCUAUAAAAUAUUAAAACCUAUUAAUGAAAAAAUGGCUGUUAAGCAAUUUGCUGACGGCUUGCGUAAUCGUCGACUUAGUACGAUUAUUUCUGCCAGGAAUUAUAGUUCACUUAAAGAUGCUGUACAGGCAGCCCAAGAUGAAGAAGUAUCAAUUCCUUCAACAUCUGGAGAAAUCAUGGGUAUGUACAAGAAACCAUACCAUAAUAAAUAUUUCAACAAUGGUUCAAAUUAUUAUAGAAGCUGGCGUGGAGGACGUUGCCGCUAUCCUGUACAUAGAGGAAGAGCUCGAGGACAGCAAGCAGCUCAUCUAGCUUCUCGAGGACAAGGGUCACGAGGUCAGUACACGCGAGGAAGUAGCGGAGGUCCACAGCAGAGAGGUAAAUUUUUUAAUUCAACUAGAGGAAAUCAAGGGAUGCGUAAUAAUCGUAAUAUUCAUUUAAUGCAUGAUAAUGAUAAUAAUAAUUUCGAAAAAUUUGAAGAGUCAGAACUUUCUUUGAAUCAGUUUUUUCGUGAGGAAUAGUGAAAAAUUUAUUUUAGCCAGUGAUAGUAAUUGUUAUAUUUCUUUACUUUCAUCAUCAUGUAAUAAUUAUAACAAAAAAUAUUUUUUAGUAGAUUCUGGAGCAUCAAUAUCGGCAUGUACGUAUAAACAUGCUAUAGAAUGUAACAUUCCAAUCCAUAAGGAGAAUGUAACAAUCAACGGUUUAGGUGGAAGUGUACAAGCAAUAGGAUACUUAUUUUUACCAUUAACUUUUAAUAAUGAAACAUUCAAUCAUAAGUUUUUUGUUUUUCAAAAUUUACCAAUUAAAGGAAGUGGAAUUUUAGGCCGUGAUUUUUUAAAUAGAUGCAAAGCUCAAUUAGACUUCAGUAAAAAUACUUUGACAUUAUUUAUUAAUUCGAAAAUUACUUUACCUUUAAUAAAUACAUGUAAUGUUAUUUUUGAGAUCCCAGCUAGAAGCGAGUCAAUACAUUUUAUACAUACGGACAUUAAUGAAGAUUGUGUCAUAUUAUCUCAAGAAAUAAAACAUGGUAUAUUUUUAGCAAGUUCCAUAUGUUCACCAAAAGAUGGAUUGAUUCCUGUUAGAAUACUUAAUGUUACUGAAAAUGAUGUUCAACUCACAGAAAUAAAUCCAAAAAUUGAUAAAGUUAGUAACUAUAAUAUUUGUGAAUUUGAAAAGUCAACGACCGAUUCAAAUAGAGUGAAAAAACUUUUCUCAUUAAUGAAAUUGCAACAUUUAAAUAUUGAGGAACAAAAAACUAUUGAGAACAUUUGCGCUAAAUAUUCAGAUAUAUUUUACCUCCCUGGUGAUAAAUUAAGUACUACUGAUGUAUACACACAUACUAUUUCUGUCAAACCUAAUACAAAUCCAAUCUUUUCAAAACAAUAUCGUUUGCCAUACUCUCAAAAGGACGAAAUUAAACGCCAAAUUGAUAAAAUGUUAGAGGAAGGGAUAAUUGAACCUAGCAAGAGCGAUUGGUCUAGUCCAAUACUGUUAGUACCUAAAAAAUCAGAUUCAACAGGAGACAAAAAAUGGAGGCUUGUCGUAGA